CCCCCUCCCCCACAGCCAGGCGCCGCGAGCCAGCACCGCGUGCACGUGCAUGUUUACAGUGUCUAAGGGGCUGCGGCCGACGAUGGGCAGCCACUAACCUCAACAACUCACAACGGAACUCGGGACUUUGGUCCAAAACAGUCCAAAACAAUGUCCUCCGCGAGUGACGAAUGUCAGAUCCGAGACGUGAAGCUGCGCGGCGGCCAGCUGGGACCCGUCAUAGUAAAGUUCGAGCACGCUCGAUUGAAGAAGGCCGAGGCAUCCGAUCUGAAAUGUGAAGUGUACACCUCUACGAACAGUGAGAGUGCUGGCACUGUUGCUGCAGUGGCGAAGAAUGGAGGAGACGUAGUUUAUCAAGGAGAUGUUGCGAAGGAGGGAGAUCUCUGUCGUACUUUCCUGGCUAUUCGCAACAAGAGAACCAAUAAGAUGCGUAUUUAUGAAGCAAGCUCUGUGAUGAUGUCUCCCACUGUGGCUAGCAACUUUGUUGAUCUAUUUGAUCAACAAGACCCAAAAACAGCUAAUUACAAAUUAUCACAUGCUUUUGGAUCAAAGAAAAAUAAGCGAAUUGCUGAACAGAAAGCACGCAUGACAGUCAACAUUGACAAUGUCAAAGAAAAGCUUUCAGCAACAGCACAUGAUGUUACAAUCAAUGAAGACACCUUGGCACCAGUGGAGGAUGACUCAUUUUUGAAUAUGCUGCCUCCAUGUAAUCAGGAAGCUGCUACUCCAGCUGAUGUUUACCCAAUAAGUGGCAUCUUAAGUAAGAAAGAAAUUAAGAGUUUGGUUCAAUAUUUGUCUGAAGCUGAAGAAUCUGACCAGCAUCUAGACCCAUCAAGAUUGUCUCCAUUUUACCAAUCAUUGGUACAAAAGACAUCUCAAUGUACUCAAAAGGCUGCUCUUUUAUUGUAUGCAGAAUCCUUGAUACGUCUCUGCAAAAUGAAGAAAAUUGUUAGGAAUGAAAAGAUAUGCCUCUAUUCAGAUCUAGUAAACAAUAAAAUUUUAAAAGACUUUCGCACAGGACAAGCUUUUUCAGAAAUUGUGACUCAAUUCAUGCUGGACAAGGCUCUUGUGCACAUAAUAAUUAUCGGAUUGCAUCUUAAUGGAUUCACCCUUGAUUUGGAGAAGUUAGCCCGAAGUAUUCCUCGAUUAAAUAUGACCAGGGUAAGAACACUGGCAAAUAUGGUAGGAACCCAUUCUAUGAAGAAGGGAGUGGCUUCAUCAAAUCUCAUCGAGCUCAGAGUGCCGUUGCCGAACCUUUCCCAGCGAAUACCCCAGCAACGCACGCCCCGCCGCAAAUGAUUCUCAAAAAGUUCCAUGGUAUAUAACUUUUUUUUUUUUUGUUAGUAGUUUUGAUGUGAUAUUUUUUUUUUAUGCUGCUCCCAAUAAAUGAUACUGUGCCUGAA